AUGUCAACAGUGGAUCAGACUGAGCGCGUGAAUCGCGUCGUUGAAGACGCUCUUCGUAGCGUCUGCGCUGAGAUUCCGAAGCGCUGGAACACGAUGUUGCCACCCGUAGAGUUUGCUAUGAACAAUACAGUGCAUUCAUCUACCGGCUAUGCGCCAUUCUACGUGAACAGGCUUAUUAAUCCUUGCGUCCCGCUGACGCCGCCAUCACAUGGCUCAGGGCUUGGUGGGGAAGGAAUAGCCAAGCGGCUAGCGGAUUUCAGCUCCCUUACUGUGCGUAAAGAAGUUUAUGAUUUCCUGUUUACCAGAUUGAGUGUCUUACGACACGUUCGCGUUGCGAUAGCUGAACGCCAAGACAUGCAGCAAGAAUAUGCAGACGGAAGAAGCAGAGGAAAUGCUGAAAACUUUGAGGUCAAAUACCUUGUUUUAUUAAAUGCUAAAAACCAUCCUACACAUGCAGUUUCUGUUGUCUUUAAGACAACUCUUCGUCCACUGUUUAUCGAGCCUUUUAAGGUCGUGGCAAAUCGGGGCUUUGCGUAUACGCCAAACCUUCGGAGAAAGAUGCGCACCCACCCGGAGAUUUAUGUGGGCUUGAUUAAGCCGCACCGAGAUCCGGCGCACGUGAACGCAGAAGCGUUGACGUCAAGUCAGCGCUUAAUGGCGCUCGACCACCCAGAAGCUGAACCAGCAACUGGUUUCGAGCAUAGAAUGCAACAAUUUUCGUUUCCAACGGCGAAAGGCGCUCUACCUUCGCACAGAGUGACGCAUUCGUCUGCUCGACGGCUAGGAGCCGCUCCGACACAGCACGAUAAUCCUCAACAUGAGGCAGUCGGUACACAAAGUGCUCCAAGCUCUCGAUGUCUUUCACACAGCGAUAUGCUAACUCGACAUGAUGCUCAGCAGAGCCCCUAUGGCGACUAA